CAUCCGUCUUGCUUUACUAUUGGAUAUUUCUGUUGUCAAUCAAGAGUUGUCACAUAACGCGCCGGGGUGACGUUCUUGGUGAAAGCAGCAUGGCAGCAUCUGGCAAAAUUGCUUCUUUCCGUUUACCCCCACUGCCUACAAUUGGAGAAAUCAUUAAACUGUAUAAUUUGAGAGCAGAAAAGCAAUUGUCACAAAACUUCCUCCUUGACUUAAGAUUAACAGAUAAAAUUGUUAGACAGGCAGGAAAACUGCAAAACUCUUAUAUCUGCGAAGUUGGUCCUGGUCCUGGAGGAAUAACAAGAUCAAUUCUGAAUGCUGGUGCAGCUGAACUUCUCGUAGUUGAAAAAGAUACUAGAUUUAUACCAGGUUUACAGUUAUUGGCUGAAGCAGCACCAGGCAAAUUAAGAAUUAUUCAUGGUGAUAUACUAACCUUUAAAAUGGAAAGGGGCUUCCCAAGACAUAUUGCUAAAACAUGGGAUGACGAUCCUCCAGAUUUGCACAUUAUUGGAAAUUUACCUUUCAGUGUUUCUACUCCUUUAAUCGUCAAAUGGCUUGAAAAUAUUGCUAACAAAGAUGGACCUUUUGUGUUUGGACGCACUCAACUGACCCUCACAUUUCAAAAAGAAGUAGCUGAGAGGCUCACUGCAAGCACAGGCAGCAGACAGAGAAGCAGACUGUCUGUCAUGGCACAGUAUCUCUGCACGGUGAAGAACUGUUUUACCAUUCCAGGUCGAGCUUUUGUCCCAAAACCUGAAGUAGAUGUUGGAGUCGUCCACUUCACACCACUUGUAAAGCCACAGAUUAUCCAGCCUUUCCCUUUGGUGGAAAAGUUAGUAAAGAAUGCUUUCCAGUUUCGACGGAAAUACUGUCGAAGUGGAAUUGAACUGCUUUUUCCAGAAGCCCAACGUGUAAAGCUUGCAGAACGAUUGUUUCUUACAGCUGAUGUGGAUCCCAGUCUUCGUCCUAAAGAGCUGACCAUUGGCCAUUUCAGAAGCCUUGCUGAUGCUUACAGGCAGUUAUGCAAUGAAAACUUAAAUUUGUUCAAUUACAAUUUCAGAGAUGAACUGAGACAGAAAAAAUUGAGGUGCAUUGGUACCAGAAAACAAGAAGAAUAAAGAAUAUGUGUUUUUCUUAAAGGAUAAUGGACUCAGUAAAGCAAAGCCCGCUUAUUAGGUUUGACAUUCCUCCACACCAGGACAUAAAUAUUUAAAAAUAAAAGGUUUUUGCAUGAAAAUAAAAUGGUUUCUUAAAAAUAUAAAAAGUCAUACAAAUAAAGUAAGUGAUGAUGGCUGCUAAAAAUAUGACAGGAGCAUUGAGUAAACAUAAUGGAAAAACAACAUUAAAAAGCAAGGGCUUACUUUGUCUUUAUGUGCAUUUUCAAAUAUAAAUGUAUAACAGGAUUUUUGUAUCCUCUGUUGAAAUGUCCUGUGGCCUUGACAUUCUGAAUCUUAAACCAUCCAAUAAUGACAGCAAAUAAAUCUCUAAAGAAGCACAUUGGAUAGAGGAGUUUCCAUUAAUUUCAAGUGGAUAAAUUGAGUUCUUCCAGCUGCCGUCAUGAUGGUACCCAUUCAGGAAAUAAUAUCCAGAAAUGAGUGGAUCUCCAUGAAAAGUAGGUACUGCUUAUUAAUGAAAAGAGUAACGUCAAUCAGACGACUCCAAACGUGAUUUUUAAUGUUACUGUUUAUUUUUAAGAUAAACUUUUUUUUAUAUAACUUCUGUGCUAUUUAAUCUGUAGGAGAUGUGGCGCAAUAGUGUUUGUUCUUCUUAUUACAUAUACUGCACUCCAAUGUCUGCAUAUUGUUUUUGGUUUUUUUUUUGGAAAAUCACUUAAAGUGCGGCAAGAGAAUGAAAAACGAAAUGUGAGGUUCAUUAAAGCAGAUUCACGCACAGCUCAGCAACCAUGUCUCUCUUGGUAUUCUGGAUUGGACCUCUUGUUGUCCAUUUUUUUUAUAUCUUCUGACAGGAUUGCCACCGUCCAUGCUAUAAUGAAAAUUAAAUAAAUUUAAAAGGCUAAAUCAUUAAGGGUUCACACUUACCAUAUAUGUGGGAAUAACAACUUCUGCAUUUAAUUUUGUCUAAUCCAAAAUGCAAAUUUAAGACAAGAUUUUUGUUGAAAAAAGUGUGGAAAUGUAUGUGAUGAACUUGUACAUGUUAUGUUCAAAUAACAAUGAGUACUAAUUACAGUUUUUUUUUCCUUUUUGAAAUGUUAAUAAUAACUUCAUUCUCUGUCAUCCUCCUUCGCUGGCUUUAAAAAUCACAAUGCUACAGAAAAAUCUUGAGGCAAGUUUUGCGUUGAAAACAGCUGUAAAGCUCCUCCUGAUAAGGUGUGUUCAUAGUGUUGUCGACCGAGGGAAUACAAGGUCCACAAAAAGAAAUGUUGGGGCACCAACUUGGCCAUCCCUUUUAAAAAUUGCAAAGUCUCAAAAUAAACAGGCACUUGAUGGCAAGAAUAAUUACAAAUGAACAAAAGCAAAUUAGCCAAGCAAGACUCAGGGUGGUUCAAGACUCUGUAGAGUGACUGAUAUUCAGGCAGGCGCUCCAUUCUGUGGUCUGCUCCCUCUGGAGUGAGACGACCCCUGCUGGGUGCACCUCUACUUUAUAGCAGCCAGGCCAGAUUCAGUUGCCCUCAUUGGGUAGUUUCUUAAAGCUGUGAGAGAAAGAAAAGAUGAUACCUUCAGCGACAGCACCCCCUCAUGUCUUGGAGUGGUAGUGCUUGCCUUUGAUGAGCCCGGAAGGCGAACCUCAGGUACUCAUGCGUUACAAUAGAGACCCAUCACAUCAUGCAUACGUAUUAAUACUUUCAUUGAAUUAGAGCUUGAUUAAAUUCAUUGUUUGACCCUGCAGUCUUGGUACUCUUCAAUUAGAAUAUUACAGACUACCUUUUGACUGUUCAGAUGAAUAUGCAGUAAAUACUGCAUAUCAACAAAAAUUAUUAAAAUGUUAUUUGUAUUUGCACUUUUUUCUACACACUUGCACAAGAAUUCUUACAUCACAUAGCACCUUGUUAUCCACUGUCUGUGCCUGUCUGGACUUACAGAGAAGCAGAAUCGUCCUGUAGCUAAACAAUAUCAGACAUUAGACAGAAGCCGACCAACGCUGAAUUACAAUCCACGACAAAAUACUUUUAUUUCUGUACCCACACAAGCUACUUCUUUUUAAAAAAUAUUUUUUUAAAUGUAAAUU